GAUCCCCUAGGAUGGAUCAGCGCUACGACCAUUACAGCCAAAAUUAUAUUUCAACAGCUCUGGAAACUCAAGCUUGACUGGAAUGACCUUCUGCCAGAAGAAAUUCAACAUCAAUGGAUUCACUUCAGAGAAAAGCUGAAAUCUCUGGAAGAGAUUCGAAUCCCACGAUGGAUUGGUUACCGACCAACAUCCACAGUUGAACUACAUGGCUUCAGCGAUGCUUCUAGAUUAGCAUAUGCAGCUGUCGUAUAUGCCAGAAUUAUAACGGAAUCCGGUGAGAUAUUAAUAAACUUACUACAAGCCAAAACCAAAGUCGUUCCCCUGAAAAGUGAAACAAUCCCUCGUCUGGAAUUAACUGCAGCAACUCUACUAGCAAAAUUAGUUGCUAAAAUAAAAGCCAGCGUAGAAUUCAACAUUAGCAGCAUCGUAUACUGGACGGAUAGCACUAUCGUUCUUGCGUGGCUAAAAAAUAAUUCAACACGGUUGGAAGUCUACGUGGCAAAUCGAGUAGCACAAAUACAACGUAUUUCGAACGUUAAUAAUUGGAAGUAUGUUCCCACAAAGGAAAACCCAGCUGACUGCGCGUCCAGGGGUUUACUUCCAGAACAAUUAGUUCGUCACACGCUUUGGUGGAAAGGCCCACCUUGGCUCCAAAAUACUUCCGAUACAUGGCCAACUUUCCCCAAUGAAGUUUACUGUGAAGAAAUCAAUAACAAUUAUGCUGUAUCUUUCCACACAAAAACAACAAGUCUACAAUAUCCCGAAAUCACACUUAAAUACUCAAAACUGUCAACUAUGAUACGAGUGACGUCAUAUAUUCUACGAUUUUAUAACAACGUAAAACAAAAAUCCAAAGUAAGCAGAGAGAAUGGAUUUUUGAAAACUUCUGAGUUACAACGAGCAUUACAAUUACUCAUAAAACAAACACAGGCCGUGUGUUUUCAAGAAGAAAUUCGCUGCCUUACACAAGGAAUGAGGGUUCCUAACCAAAGCAGUAUUGCAAAAUUAUCACCGUUCUUAGAUGAAAAGAACAUUCUACGAGUUGGCGGUAGAUUGUCAAAUGCAUCUAUACCCUACAACACUAAACACCCGAUUUUGCUAUCGAAGCAAAAUCCUCUUUCUUUUCUUCUAUUUUCAGAAGCACAUAUGAAAACAUUUCAUGGUAGCCUCCAGCUAAUGCAGUCCUAUGUGUCUCGUGCCUACUGGGUUGUUUCUGCUAGAAACAUAGCAAAACGUGUCCAACGCCAGUGUGUCGUCUGCUUUAAGUAUAAAGCUCAAAUAUGUCAACAACUAAUGGGCAACCUGCCCUCUGUGCGUCUACACCCAACCAGGGCAUUUAAACAUAGUGGACUAGACUAUGCCGGCCCAAUUAAUAUAAAAACAUCGUCACUUAGGACAGCAUCAACCACAAAGGGCUACAUCUGUCUUUUAUCUGCAUGUGUACCAAAGCGAUACACUUGGAAGCAGUGACAAGUCUAAACGUCGAUUCAUUUCUAGCCGCAUUCAGGCGCUUUAUCUCUCGAAGAGGUUUAUGCAGCGAUCUUUAUUCCGACUGUGGAACAAAUUUCGUGGGUGCCAACAAGGAACUUCAAGUCCUCUAUCAACGUAAUAAAUCGUCACUGCCCGAGCAUCUUGUAGAAACGCUCGCAAAUCAAGGCACUACCUGGCACUUCAUUCCCCCCGCUUCACCCCACUUCGGAGGUUUAUGGGAAGCAGGAGUGAAGUCAACAAAACAUCAUCUGCGCCGCAUAAUGAGAGACCGCAUACUUACCUACGAGGAACUCAGCACACUUUUGGCGCAAAUUGAAAGUUGCCUGAAUUCUAGGCCUUUAUGCCCACUGUCAGCAGACCCCGCUGACUCCGAUGCCCUCACACCGGCUCAUUUUCUAAUUGGUGAGGCCACCAAUUGCAUUCCCGAAGAAGACUUGCUUUCUGUGAGCAUUGACCGCUUGAGUAGAUGGAAAUUGGUCGAACGCCUCAAGCAAAACUUUUGGGAUCGCUGGAAUAGAGAAUAUUUGUGUCGCCUUCAAUCACGUCCAAAAUGGAAUAAAAUGGAACGAAACAUCAGAGUAGGCGAUAUAGUUCUCCUCCUACACGAACGAAGCAUUCCGGGUCAAUGGCCGCUUGCAAAAGUUGAACAACUUCACCCUGGUAAUGACGACUUGGUACGAGUUGUCACACUGUAUUGUAAUGGCAAAUACAUCAAACGCCCUAUCUCCAAAGUAUGCCUCCUGCCAUCAGAUGAAGUUCUACCUAAAGAAGAGAAAAUUCUAACAACAUAAGAACAGUCGUUCUUGGCGCGGGAGAAUGUUUGGGAUUUUUUUUCCCCAAACUAAAAAUACACUGCAAACCCUACAUACAAUUAUUUUCCUCCUCAAGAGUUUGUUGAACUCUUUUCUAUUCCCUUUUCUAUUAUUAUUUGUUUACGCGAAACCAAACCUAACGGUCCCUUAUGUAGGUACAGACGAUCAUACGAGUAUGUAUGUAUGUACAUAUGUACAUAGCUACCUAACAACGGCCGUCGGUCAUCUCGCUGCUGCUGCUAUUGCGUUUUCGUUUUGUUUGGUCGCAGCAAAAAUUUGUCAGUUGCCUUUUGUACAUCUGCCUGAAGCAGAUCAUA